GCAGGCAGCCAUCUGUUCGCCGUAGCCACUCUAAAAUAUUCCCUUUGCUUCCUUCUUCCACAAACUACUUGCUGUUUAGUCCGGAGGUGCUUCUCUGAGUAGCGGGACGUGCAGCUAAAAGGAGAAAAAUGCAGUUUUUAGGUUUAGUUGUAGUAAUAUCUGCAGUCUUCUGCGUGUAUGCUAAUGUUUAUUUUCGGGAGGAGUUUCUGGACGGUGAUGAAUGGAGAAGUCGUUGGGUCAACUCCAAGCACAAGUCUGAUUAUGGAGAGUGGAAACUGACUGCUGGAAACUUCUAUGGAGAUGCAGAGAAAGACAAAGGUCUACAGACGAGCCAAGAUGCUCGUUUCUACGCCGUCUCUGCCCGUUUUGACCCCUUCAGCAACGAGGGGAAGCCUUUGGUCAUUCAGCUCACGGUCAAGCAUGAGCAGAAGAUCGACUGUGGUGGUGGCUAUGUGAAGGUCUUCCCCUCUGACUUGGAUCAGACCGACAUGCAUGGGGAUUCCUCAUAUUACAUCAUGUUUGGCCCUGACAUCUGUGGCUACAGCACCAAGAAAGUUCAUGUCAUCUUUAAUUACAAGGGCAAGAAUCACCUGAUCAAAAAAGAGAUUAAGUGCAAGGACGAUGAGCUGACCCACCUGUACACGCUGAUCCUGAACCCAGACCAGACCUAUGAGGUGAAGAUCGACAACGAAAAGGUGGAGUCUGGCAGUCUGGAGGAAGACUGGGACUUCCUGCCUCCUAAGAAAAUUAAGGAUCCUGAAGCCAAGAAACCAGAGGACUGGGAUGACCGCCCUAAGAUCGAUGACGCUGAUGACACAAAACCCGAGGACUGGGACAAACCUGAAAACAUUCCUGAUCCUGAUGCUAAGAAGCCUGAAGACUGGGAUGAAGAUAUGGAUGGAGAGUGGGAGCCACCUAUGAUCCCCAACCCAGAGUACAAAGGAGAGUGGAAACCCAAACAGAUCGACAACCCCAACUACAAGGGAACCUGGGUGCAUCCUGAAAUUGACAAUCCCGAGCACAGUCCUGAUCCGACCAUCUACAAGUUUGACAAAAUCGGUGUUAUUGGCCUUGAUCUCUGGCAGGUGAAAUCUGGUACAAUCUUUGACAACCUUGUGAUCACCGACGAUGUGAAGGAAGCAGAAGACAUCGGAAAGCAGACGUGGGGCGUGACAAAGGAACCAGAGAAGAAAAUGAAGCAAGAGCAGGAUGACUUGAAACGAAAAGAGGAAGAGGAGAACAAAGAACAAGCCACCGAGGCUGAUGAAGAUGAAGACGAGGAAGAGGAAGAAGAGGAGGAGGAGGAGGAAGAAGAGACAAAGGACGAGACAGAAGAUACACUUGAAAACGAUGAAGACGACUCAAAGCCCAAAGAUGAGCUUUGAGAAGGUGUAGCUAAAAGGUUUAUCUAAGUUUUUAAACCCCCUUCCAUAGAAACUGUCGCGUCAUUCCCAGGGGUGUUGUGGCUGCUGUGCAUCUUUUUCCCUGGGAUCGGGACAUGCCCCAACUUUGGGAUUUGAAGUAGAAAACUUUGGAAGUGGGUGUGUGUGAGCGGGUGUUAAGGGACUUGUUUUUGUUGUUGUUGUUUUUUUUUUUCUCAUGUUUCCCUUGAACUGCUGAACUGAUUCUGUAGUUUUCUGACCAACAAACUCCAUUCCUCAUUUUGUUAACGACACAUUCGGUCGGCACUGACAUCUGCUAUUUUUCUUGAUUUUCUUGAUCGAACCAUCUCAGUUUCUGACCGGGUUCUCAGUUGGUUACUUUAAGAGAGAUUCUAAUGUUUUUGAGAUGAGACAAAUCAGAUUGAAACCUAACCUAAAAAAUAAUUUAUUCUUGGUUGUUUCUAUGGCACUGACUGUAACCUUUUACUCUUCAUUCUUUGAAAGCUGAAUGAAAUGAUAAAAAGAAAAGUCCUGCGAGUACAUUUUUAUUUCUCAGCGAAGUUGUUUGAAUUCAACAUGUUUUCAUGGAAGUGUGAUGGGAUGUGCAGAUUAAUCCUGAAAGUCUGGACAAACAGACGCUGGUGUGUCGGUGCUGCUCACACAAGAGCAACACACAAACAUUUUACCGGACAGAAUGUGAUUCAUGCCAAAGGUUUUAUUAAAAGAAUCAUACUUU